UGAUUAGAUUCCUUGUUGUUGUCUAUGGUGCUUGCUCGUUCUUUUCUUCCAUCAAUUUCUACAGUCCCUAGUUUGGUAGUUCGAUGAAGUUCCAUAUUGAACACAAAAAGAAGUUAAUGCUAGGUAUAUCUUUGUUCCAGUAGAUCCUAAUAAGCAAAACUUUAUGAAUCUGCAAUUGACCAACUUCUGCUUCAAUCAACUAAAUAUGGGCAACUAAUGGUGUCUUCAAUGGAUCACCUUCAGUGGAAAGUCUCCGAUAGGGCAGAAAUAAUGCCUAGGUGCUCAUGGGUAUCAGACCUUGCAAUUGUAGACUCAUAAAGUACAGCAGAAUCCUCUGGUAAAAGGACAAAUGCCCAUACUGCUGGUUCAGAGUCUUGAUUGGAUUCUAGAGGUUUGAAAAUUACAAUGAGAAAAGCCAGAGUUGAUUUAGAAGAUUCUGCAAGGACAUUGAAUCCAAAACCAAAAGUUGCUCCCUCUGCUCCCUCGUCAUUUGACUUUCCUGGUGAAGAUACCAAGCACUUUAACAAGGCUCCAAAUCUGAGUUCUAGUUUACAAGCAGUUGAAGCUGCUCAAGGUUUCUCCCAUGGUCGUGGUCGGAUAAUACCUUCACUCUCUAAUGAAAGACAGGAUGGGUUUUUCUAUAGAGAUAAUCACAUGAAUCUGCGAAGGACCGCCCAGGCUGUUCAUGGUCAUAACCAUUUUGGAGUGAAUAAGAAAUAUAGCUCACACAAAACUUUCGAAGUUUCAAGAGAGCUAGUUCAUGGUCCCCGGGCAAACAAAUCGAAUAGUUGUUUGGGCUCAUCAACCAGAAACAACAAUUUGAACCAGUUUGUUCGCAGAGAUAAAUAUAACAAAACAGAUUUUCAGAUUGAAUAUGAAAAUGCCAAGUUCUUCAUGAUAAAGUCAUACAAUGAAGAUGAUGUCCACAAAAGUGUCAAAUACAAUGUAUGGGCAAGUACUCCCAAUGGUAAUAAAAAGCUGGAUGCUGUAUUCUGGGAUGCAGAGAGAUUAAUGAAGAAGGGCUCAAAGUGUCCAAUUUUCCUAUUUUUCUCAGUUAAUGCCAGUGGUCAGUUUGUUGGUUUGGCUGAAAUGAUUGGACCUGUUGAUUUCAACAAGAACCUUGAUUUCUGGCAAAAAGAGACCUGGAAUGGGUUUUUCCCAGUGAAGUGGCACAUCAUAAAGGACAUACCCAACAGACUUUUUCAAAGUAUUAGGCUUGAGAACAAUGACAACAAGGCUGUAACAUUUAGUAAGGAUACUCAGGAGAUAGGGCUGCCACAAGGUUUACAAAUGCUGCACAUAUUCAAGGGCCACCCUCUGGGAACAUCACUACUGGAUGAUUUCGGGUUCUAUGAACAGAGAGAGAAAUCACUCCAGGCCACAAGGAGAAGGCGGCCUGCUGUGAUGGAUGUAGAUUUUGAAUUCUAUGAUGACAGUUGUGGAAAAAUUGGAAGCAACAGUAAAUGAAAUGAAUGUGACUGGAAAGUCUAGAAAAUCUUGUGAUCUCAUGUGGGUGCCAUCCAGCACCAGAGGACAUUCAAAUCAUUCACAGGCAAGAAAUUGACAUGGCAGAUUCUUGCCCUGAUGGAUGGGUAGGAGAUUUCAAAUUUACUGUUGCUCUCUCUCUGUCUCUCUGUGUGUGUAAUAUAUAUACCAUGCCAUUUACAAACUUCCCGUGGCAGCUUACUGCUUGCAGUUUCUUUUCUCUAUUUGAACUUUGAGAACUGUUUGGCUUCUUCCCAAAGAAGAAUGAGAACUGCUUACAUUGGCAGCAGCAUCCCCAGCAUACAUAUUUAAACUUUUGGAUCUACUUGAGAAGUAGAUUUGCUUAUGUUUA